AGAAUGGAGGAGGUUGAGGCAGCUAACAGAGCAGCAGUUGGGAGCUGCCACAGAGUUCUCAAUCUCUUGUGCAAACCAAAACCAUGGAAAAACCUGCAGGUGGAGACUGAGGUGGCAGUGUUCAAGUUCAAGAGAGUUCUCUCUCUCCUCAGCCAUGGAAGAGGAAGAGUGAGAAAGUUGAAGAAAAACCUAAACCCACCACCUUUCCCUCAAAAUAUCUUCUCAGACGGCCCUAAUUAUUCAGAUAUUUCACCAAAACCCCUCCAGUUACUCCCUCCUACUUUUCCUAAAACCCCCCACGCAGAAAAAAAAUUUCCAGGAAACCCAGUUCCGGAUGCCAAUCUCAAGCUUCCCCUCCAAAUUCCCAAAACAAAAACUUUGAAGCAGCACCAGGAAGAGAGAGAAAAAUUGCAGUUUCACCCCCAGCAGGUGAAAUAUCAGAGUGAAAUGGUGUUUUCUGGGAUAGACAGUGGCAUAAACCUUGCAUUUGAUAGGUCUAGCUCUAGCUUCAACCCCUCCAUGACAUCGGCCAGAUCGUUCAUGUCAUGUUUGAGCAUAGGCGACGGCGGUGAGGUCAACACCGGCAGAGAUUCUUUUCGGUUGAUCAAUGGCGUGCCUCGGAUUUCCGGUCAGAGUUCGCAGCAGCAAAGUAGGUGCACUGGUGUGGUGGAAAAUGGGAGUGUGAAUUGCGGCAGCAGUGGUAAAUGCCAAUAUCCCAAGAAGAGGAAACUGAGGGUGAAAAGAACUUUUAAGGUCCCUGCCAUUAGUGACAAGACUUCAGACAUUCCUCCCGAUGAGUUUUCGUGGCGGAAAUACGGGCAGAAGCCGAUCAAGGGCUCCCCGUACCCAAGGGGAUACUACAAAUGUAGCAGCAUAAGAGGGUGUCCUGCGAGGAAACAUGUAGAGAGAUGCCUUGAAGACCCUGCCAUGCUCAUAGUCACCUACGAAGGCGAGCAUAAGCAUUCCCAGUCCGCCCGCUGAGGCAUUGGCUUGGAAUACCGCCAGAGACACCCCGUUGCAGGAAAGUUCCGGCUGUGAAGUGCAUCCUGGUACUUCUUGUAUAACAUGGAGCUUCAAACGGAACAAACAUAGGCUAACUAGUAUUUCAUGUGAAAUGUAAAUUGAGUUGAUGGAAAGCGUUUUUUUUAAUGUUCAA